AUGUCAUGGGAGUUGCCCGUCUUGACCACUCUCAUCCUCAGCGUACUUGGCUUCUGGUGGAUCUGUAGCCCUCGCGCCAGCUACCAGAAGGCCCUGCUCUACCUCUUGCUGUGCAGCAGUUUCACCGUCUUCUUCGAUCCUCGUCGUCUGAUCGAGUACCUGUCCCCCGCCACGGUCGAAGCAUUGCUGGAUUUCCGCAUCCAUGUGCUUUUGAUCCAUCACUCCAAGAUGGUCUUGACACUUGGUGCUGUCGUUUGGCUACUGCAUCGCUCGUGGCAGACGUUAUGGAAACCCGUUCCAGACCUCAUCAAUAUCCUCGGGGUCGACGUGCCUGAACCUCCAGAUGUUUCCCUCGCUGGCAUUCGAUCCGAUGCUGCUACUCUGAGCUGGACUCGCCCAACCAGUAAUCGGCCGGUACAAAAAUAUACUAUCCAAGUCAAUGGCGUUCAUGGUCGGUCUUACUUCGGCGAAUCACCGGGAAACGAAGUCGCGAUCACUGUCACAGGAUUGAAGCCAGAUCACUUUUACAAUAUCAGGGUCGUUGCUGUCGGCCCGAAUAACUUUCAGGCUGGAAGUCAAGUUUUACGACUUCGAACAUUCGGAAAAGAUGGCAGACCCCAGUUAGGUAACUCACGUGUACCUACCAGCUUUCCUAAUAACGACCACUCUCAUCCAAAAAAUGGUGAUGAAGAUGACGAUUCCGACUCGCAAAAGAAGCCUCCAGUGCCGUCUGUUGAGGCGGCCCCUGUGCUUGAUGGCAACAACGCGUCCACCUCUGACGUUAGCGCUACCGGUCCAAGCCAGCGACGAAAUACAGUCAACCGACGACACUCCCCGUCCGUUGCCAGCAUGGACCAACCUCAGAUCAAGCUUCCACCUGUAGAUGGCCCGGAGCUAUCGCUGGACGAAUUGAAUCGCCGUUUCGAAAACACUCGGAAGGAAGUCGACGAGACUUUGGCCCAGUAUGCCAAGGAAGAGGCUGAACUACAGCAACAAGAAGAAGAGCUUAAGCAAGAGAAAGAUGCCAAGAGGCAGGCGCUUAAAGAGAAGGAGGAGCAGACCGCCCAACUCAAGGCUAGCGUCCGUACUACCAUGGAGCAAAUGCGUACAGCGGAGAAGGACCGCGCGAGAAAAGAGCAGCAGCUGAAGGACAAGGAAAAUAAGAAGUCCAAGAUCCGAGAUACUGCUUCAAAGCUCGAGAAUGAGAUGGAGAGGAUGAAGAAAGAGAGGGAAGGGUUCGAAGCGCAGAAGAAAGAGCUGGAAGCUAAGCGGGAUAAAGACGGCCAGGAACUCGACGACUCCAAUACAGAGCUGCAGGAGAAAUGUGCCGAGCUAGAGGCCGAGUUGAAGGAGAAGGGAAAACAGCUCCAAGACCUCAAGGCUGCUCGAGAGCAACUUCCGGGUGGCGAUGAUGAACAGUGGAAGGAGAAUGACUUGAACGUGCGAAGAGAAUGGGAUGCCAGGAGAAAGGAACUGCACAAUCAGCUCGUCGCCGAAACCAAGAAGCUUCAUAAUCUUGACCAGCAGAUACGCUUUCUCAAAGAAGAGCAGCAUCAGUUGGCGCUCUACUACAGCAGCCAACCAGACCCCACUGCUAUGGAGUUUGAGCCCGCUGCCUCCCAAGAUGCUCUCGACAGCGGAAAUAUCAAUUCCCUUUCCCACAUUAACUUGUCACCUCCGCCCAACCAAUUCGGCCCCCCCGAAGACGCAUUCUCAACUGGCUUUAGUCGGGCUGGAUUCAGCCAAAUAUUAUUCAUGGAUCACAAUGCAGCCGACAAUGCCGAUGAUCACCAGUCAGAAGCCGACUUCAGGGCGAACGCGGGACCACUCAGCCCUACAGCCCAUGCUCUUCUCCCUUCAGGAAUCUUUGACGAGACGUUUGAGGAUGCUGAAGAGCAUCUGCCUAGCAAAUUCUUACCAGACUCUGUUACUGCCGCCGAGGAAGAUAACCCGCAGUCGCCACUGUCUUCCGAUGGACGCUCUCUCAACAUGUUUUCCAGUCCUCAAGGCUCAUCACAUAACUUGCCCUUCCCCCAGUACAACGACGUGGACUCUCAUUCUCUGAACAUUAACUCUUCUCCUCAACAAGCACCUCUCGCAUCAAGCCACAGACUGUCCAACCUCUUAUCUAACUUUCAACGGAACAGGGGUCCGAAGCCGGCAGAUGUGGAAGGACCCGCGAUUGGCAGUCUCAAAGCAGGACAGAGCCAAUCAUUUCCCCGAAGCACUGAUGAUCACGACAUGCCGGGUAACAAGCGCAGGAUGAGCUUCACUUGGAUGAGGCACUCCGGAGGUGAAACCAACAGAUCAAGCCUGGGGCCUACGUCUAGGCCGUUCUCUGCCAAGAGACUCAACCCCUUUGCCAGUAGUGCUGGAGCUCUUACAGGCGACAAUGACUUACCACACUCACGACCCGCAUCGAUCACAUCCAUUGAUCUCCCUCGACCCUCAACAGACAGCGGCUCUAUCUGGAACAUUCCUGGGGAUUUCUCCAUGCUGGGGAAGAAGGGAGUCUGGUCUCCGAACGAAGGACGCUGGUCCUCUAGGAACCCGUCUCGCCGACCUUCGCUCGGCGCAGUACCGACUGUGCUCGAAACAACCCUUGCCACAGCCAAUGAUGAGAUCCUUGACGAUGACGAUCUCCUUGACCCUCAAACAUCGCCUAGCCAGGUCGGCGUUAUCGGAUCUCGUCCCCCAAGUCACCGUGCGUCCAUGAGUCGACAUCUCAACCCAGCGGCACCGACCUUCAGGACACCCUUCUUUACCCGUAGAGAGAGGGAUGCAAGUCCUGAUAAGGAUAAGUUAAGAGGCAAGGAUAAAGAGAAACGCGGAAAGUCUAAGGAAGGCCGCACGAAGGGCAAGGAAGUUCUGACCCCGACCAUUGAAGUGCCUCCAAGCCUUGAUGAUUCACCUUCAGAUUCGCGGAUGUCUCGCGACACGUAUUCUGUUCAUACACAGAACUCGAUAUCGGAAUCUCAUGAGUCUUUGGAUCUAGGAAUGACAGCCUCGAAUUCUACCACCGACAACAACGCCGCAAGCCACAAGGAUGCUGACAGUAGCGUUGUCAAGAAAUUGUUCAGGAAAGGAAGUUCUAGUAAGUUCAGUACCUUGUCUUCCAGGCUGAGCAAGGAUUCCGUCCUUUUCAAGAAAGGACCUGGCAGCAGUACGUUCUCAGAGAAGAAUAUGUCAGCAGAGCAUCGUUCCAGCAUCGGCGAUGCAGACGAAAUCGGGGAAGAUCUAUCGCAGCUUGGCCGCAGUUACGAAAGCGUGACCAGCAGCCCGUCGCUGGGCCAGGGCAGUUUCAAAUCAAAGGAGGCCCCUAAAGAGGGUCGCAUGGGCAUGGGAACAUGGCGGUUCUCGAUGAAAAAGAAGAGCAAGGAGCCUGCGUCAAAAGAGAAGGAAAGUAUGGAAAGUGACAGGCAUGCAGAUGAGUAG